GGGUGUGGGAGGAGCCUGUUAUUCACAAGUCUAUGAUGUCAUACAUUGGGGGUUUGGUUUUGGGUGCUGGUAUUGAAGAAUGUGCAAGACUCCUCAUGGGUCUCUAGAGUACAGCUGGAUCAGUGACUGUGGUGUUGUAGACAUCAGUGCAUACAGCGAUCAUGUGGACGGCUCUCAUCUUUCUAAUCCUGACAUUCUCCUCAGGGGCACUUUCACAAUCCAGAACUCGCUUUGCACAUUAUCGAUCAUGGAAUUCCAAAAUGUAUCCAGUCUGGAGGGAUGGAGAUCCCAGAUACAGAGAUUGUUGGAAAGGCGGAGAGGUGACAUUUAAAGUCAGAAGUGAUUCUCCAACGCUGACAGGAGCCAAAGCCACUUUCAACAUUGAUGUUGGUUUCCCUCAGAACCAGACAGUUCUUCCUGAUGGACAGGUGGUGUGGGCGAGAAACUGUACCAUUAAUGGAACAUCAUAUACUAUGGGCCAGACUGUAUACCCUGAGUCCAACAUCCCUCAAGAAUGGACAGGUGUCUUUCCUGACAGGACACCCUUCACUAAGAUCUCUAACAAAAAGCCCCGUUUCAUCUAUGUAUGGAAGACGCUGGGAAAAUAUUGGCAGGUGGCUGAUGGUCCCUCCUCUCUACUGACCAUUGAAACAGACAAUGUGCCUCUUGGUUCUUAUAACAUGGAAGUGGUAAUUUAUCACUGCCGUGGCAGAGACAAGUUCAUUCCCCUUGGUUAUUCAUCUACCCAGUUCUCCAUCACUGACCAGAUCCCUUUCGCAAUGACAUUAUCCCAGGUUGGUGACAUCAACCAGAGUGACCAAAGCUUUAUCCAGAACAGAGCUGUCUCCUUUAGCAUUAAUUUGCAUGACCCGAGCCAGUAUCUCACUGGAUCAGACAUCAGCUUCAACUGGGAUUUCGGUGACAAUAGUGGAACUCUCAUCUCUCGAGAAACGACUGUUACCCACACAUACCUUACAACUGGUUCCUUCAGGCCUCAGGUGGUUUUGAUGGCAGCCAUCUCAAAUGGUUGUCAGGUCAGUCCAACUCCAGCUGCCACUGUUGUUCCUCCUGUUCCUCUCACAGAUGAAGCUACAUCAGUGGAAAGCAUUGUGCUGAGUGUUUCUCCUCAGUCUGUUGAUGUCAUGCCAGCGGCAGAGGAAGGAGUUGCAGCGGCUGUCACUGUAGCUGCCAACGAUUUGGCAGUGGCAGCAACUGACACAGCAGCAGAAUUAGAUACUGCUGCUCAGGAGGUUGCUGCAGACACAGCUGUGGCUGAAGCUGACAGUACCGUUGCGGUUAUGGUAGCCACAUCUGCAGCUAUUGAGGCUCAACCUGCGACAGAACUUCCUGUGGCUGACAUCAAUCUGGCAGCCACAGUUCUCCCAGAUCCCCCUGCUGCUGUAGUUGACACGACCUCUGUCCAGACAGUCAUAGAAACAGUGGCACCGACUGGUGAUGCAACAAUCGUCAUCAUCACCCCUGAGGCAGUGGCUGCUGAUGUCGUAGCAUCUGUUAUACCUGCAGCAGAAGACAUAGAGGCAGUUAAUGCAGCCGCUGCUGGAGUCAAUGUAACUAGCAUACCUGAGGCAGCAGUGAGUGAAUUAGAAGCUGAACUGGUGGCGGGAACUGAAGCAACACAGGCAACUCUAGUCAUUGCAAAGCGGCAAGCACCAGAAAUGCCAGCAGAAACAAACUGUGUGAUUUAUCGUUAUGGCUCCUUCUCUACAACUCUUACAGUUAUCCAGGGAAUAGAGAGUGUUGAGAUUGUGGAAGUGAAUAAUGUGGUGAUCAUGGCCACAGAGCUGGAGCAAAAUGCUGUGGAUCUUACAGUCACAUGUCAGGGAAGCCUUCCUAGUCAAGUGUGCACCGUGGUGUCUGACGCUGACUGCACAAGUCCUGUUCAGAGCCUGCAGUGUAAUGAUGUGACGCCAACACCUGAGUGUCAGAUGGUGCUGCGACAGUUUUUCAACAACUCUGGCACCUUCUGUAUCAACGUGUCUCUGACCAAUGACGUCAGCUUGGCUGUAACCAGUGCAAUGCUCAGUGUGGCUAUAGACACAAAUUCAUCAAGGAAUACGGCUGGAGCAAUACUGGGAGUCCUGGUUCUUAUUUGUGCUGUGGGGGCCAUUGCUUUUACAUACAAGCAGUUUAAGGAGUACCAUCCACUGAGGGAAGAUAAUAGCAGCAGCAGUUUCAGUUCUGGAAGAAGCUCAGUGCCUUUAAUGCUGUGGAACCUUCUGAGCCAGAGAUCCACUGCAGAGAGCCGUCCACUCCUGCUGGGGCGAGUGGUGUGAAAGCCGUCCGCUCCCGCUUAAAGGCUUAUUACAUAGUCUGUACAAUCUCUCAACAAGAGAAUAUAAUAUAAACAAUGAGGGCCUCAUUGUACUGUAUUAACAAAAAUGUCAUAUGUAACAUGCCUCAACUUAUUGCAGCAUAAUUUCAGAGUACUGUAUGUUGUGUAUGUCGUCAUAAAAACAGUUGCAGAUAUUUCCUGUCAAUGGCUAGCUUCUAGCUUUCUUCCCUUCAGUAUUUGUUACGACCCCAGGUGUCAAUCAAGAAGAUGUAACACUAACUAUUAAAAAUAUACUUUAAGUGCAGUGCAAAAGGCAAAGCAAUGUGAUUCAAAAAGUGUUUACUUACAUUAAAUUAAAACAAUACAAGACUAACUCGCUCAUAGCCAACUACGCCGACAAGCAAGAAGAAGAAAAGAAAUACAGAAUUAAAAGUAAAGUCUUCAGAAACCCAAACUAAUCUACACUCUCUAACAAGAACCGAAGUAUACUCACCCUGUACCUAACAGUAAUGUGGAUAAUAGGGCAGGAGUAUCUUCAAUUAUUAUAGGGAAUGUAAAUAUAAGCACCCAGGAAAACUGCUUGAUAGGAAUAUUGUCCUAUUGUCCUUCAAAUAAUCUAUUAAAUACAUGUUCAGCAUUUAUAUAACAUUGAGAAGUUUCAUGAAGUAAAUUGAUAUUAACAUUUAACCAUUAAUUAUUAUGUAUUUUCCCCAAUUACCUUGGUAGAACUAGCAUGUCAUUGUAAUACUCUUAUUCCAUUGUAAUUGAUUUAUCAGUCAUUUGCAUUUUCAACAUAUCACGUGUGGUUUGAUAUCGACCUGUGAGGCCUGAUGUUUUAUUUAUAAUGGAUAAUGCCCACGCUAAUGACUUAUAACCCCUAAAUAAAAACAUUUCCUAUCACUGUC